GCCCAGCCCUAGACUUCUCUUUUUGCCAUGCCACGAAAUGCUGUAGUAAAAUUACAACUGAUAGAGCAGAAGUAGGAGAGACAACUGCGAACACAAUUUCCAGCGGCGACCCAACAGCGUGCGGCCUAUUUCGUUCCUACUUCCAAAUGAGGCUAUUAACUCACAACAUGUUAUCAUCCAACAUCAAGGGAGUCGCAAAUGGAUUCCCGCUGAAGAUCGAGGUUGAGAAAGUGGUACAGAAGGAGGUCGAUUUCAACAUCGACUUCCUCAAGAACAUGUUUUAUAAGGUUGAAUGGAAGGCAUUGGCGGAAGCUUCUAGAACCAUGGGCUAUGCCGAGCUGCCUGAAAACGCUGAUGCGGCUAUGCUCGAGUCUGAUGAUUUUCUUCAUAAGUUCCACCAUGCCCUUCUUGAGCUUCAUCUUGAAGAGGGUGCCUUGGUUUGUCCCGAGACUGGCCGCAAAUUUCCUGUCACUAAAGGUAUUCCCAAUAUGCUCCUUCAUGAAGAUGAGGUUUGAUUUUUAUUUCUCUUUUUGGGUAUUGAUGUGUUUUGCUUUGGAAAUGGGGGCUAGGGUUUUUGAUACUAGGGUUUAAGGUACUGGUUUGGACGACUUAUAGUUCACCAUUUUGAUUGUAAUGUGAUAUCCUUGUUGAUAUUAUGGAGUGAUUAUCAGAACUUCUUUGUUCGGAAAUUAUUGAACGUUCAGUUUCCUAUC